AUGGACAGGAAACAAGCGCUCGGCUUCAUACAAUCUUGCAAAGAUCUUCCUACUGCCAGGGAAAUCGAUCGCCAGAUCAAGGAAGAUCCUCUUCUCGCCCGGGAUGCUUUCAUCUCCAACAAGCUCAUCGGGCUGUACGGGGCGUGUGGGAGCAUCGCCCACGCGCGCAAUGUCUUCGACCGGAUCGGUGCCCCGGACGUGGUGUCCUGGACGGCAUUGCUCGGCGCGUAUGCUCGAAACGGGCAUAUCGCUGAGGCUGCGCACGCCUUCGAUCGAAUGCCCCAGCACGAUCUCGUCAGCUGCUCGUCGAUGCUCUCGGCAUUUGCCCGCGCCGGACGGAUCGGCGAAGCCCAGAUGCUAUUCGUCUCUCGGAUGCCACAUUUGGAUCUCGUCUCGUGGACGUCGCUCCUCGCGGCCAUCACCCAGGAGCGCAAUCAAUUCUUUGACGCCAAGCAGCUCUUCGAUUCCAUGCCCGAGCACAAUCUCGUGGCGGAGAAUGUGAUGCUGGCGGCGUACGCGGCAUUGGGCGACGAGAGGACCGCAGAGAUGUUCUUCCGGGCGAUGGAGCUGCGCGAUCUGUUCUCGUGGAGUUCUGUGCUGGAAUUGUAUGCCCGCCUUGGAAACCUGGAGAGAACGAAGAGAAUAUUCGAUUCUAUGCCCGAGAGGGACAUAGCAUGCCAGACAAUUAUGCUUACUGCAUAUGCCCAAAGCGGGCAUUUGGAGCUUGCGCAAACUAUACAUCUUCAAAUGCCUCAAUGGAAUCUGGUAUCACUCAAUGCAAUGCUUUCUGCUUACGCUCACAACGGCUGUGUAGAGAAAGCAAAGAUUCUUUUUUAUAAAAUGAAAGAAUGGGAUGUUUUUUCGUGGACUGCUUUGCUAUUGGCAUAUACCACAUCUGGGCAAAUGCCAGAAGCUAAGAGAGUAUUUGCUGAAAUGCCACAGAAAAAUGUUGUCUCCUGGAAUAUUAUGUUUGCAAUGAUUUCUGAGGCUUGUAACAGUUUAAUUGAAGCUCAAAUGUUUUUCAACUUGAUGCCUAGACACGACCUCUUCUCGCUUAACUCGAAUAUUGCAGCAUAUAUCCGAAAUGGGCAUAUGUCUUUAGCACAGUUUGUGUUUGAGAAUAUGCCCCAGAAGGAUAUAGUUUCGUGGUCAACUUUGUUAUCCGGAUAUUCGCAAGCGAGUGAUGCGCAAAUGGUAAGGAACCUUUUCGAUGCUAUGCCAGAGCACAACUCAUUAGCCUCAAACAUACUCCUCACAGCAUAUGCCAGACAAAGGCAUAUCCAGGAAUCUAAAGCACUCUUUGACAAGAUGCCACACAGGACUUUGGCAUCUUGGAACGCGAUGCUCUCCGCAAUGCCCAGCGUUUCCCUGGCACGUCGGCUGUUCGAUUCCUUUCCAGAGCGAGACCCGGUCUCCUGGAACACAAUGCUAGCGAUCUAUGCAUACAAUGGCCAUGCUAGUGAAACUCUACAAACUUUCAAUCAGGGAAACACUGCAGAGGCUUGCGAGCAGGCUUGGUUCGUUCCGGUCCUCGUGGCAUGCAGCCAUAUGGGAGGGGUAUAUUCCGCAGGAUGCGUUUUCCGGUCAAUGGUCUCGGACUUUGACAUUUUUCCUGCAAAGCCUCACUACUUGUGCGUGGUUGAUACUCUGGGAAGGGCCAAUCGCCUGAGAGAUGCCGAGGAUCUUGUGGCGAAUAUGCCUUUUGUGCCAGAUGCUCUGGACUGGACGUGCUUCCUGGGAGCCUGUAGAAGCCAGUUUAGUGUUGAGCUGGGAAGACUAGCAGCUGAGAAUUUGAUUGAUCUAGAUCCACAAGGCACUGAAGCUUACGUGCUAAUCACCAACAUAUAUUCGCUUGGCGCAAAAGAAAUGGAGACUUGA